AUAUCAUGCCAGGACCACCUUCUAUACCUGUUUCCACCGAUGCCUCUGGUCCAGAGGUCUCUAGUCAGGAUCAGACAGCAGAGGUCAUCAGUAAUCCUCAUAGCACCAUACAGGCCAUGUCAACCAUGGUUUUCUACUCUGGAGGAGUUAGCCACCGAGGUAUUCAGACUUCCACCUGUGCCACAUCUGCUGACACAGGACUCAGGGAGCGUUCUACAUCCAGACGUGAGCUCCCUCCACCUAGCUGCGUGGAAGAUCUGCCUGAAAUCAAAGAGGUAUUAGACAAAUCCAAAAAAAAAUCUACUAUUCUUUUAUAUAAAUACAAGUGGAAUAAUUUUCUUUGUUUUGCCACUGCCAGAAAUCUCCAGACUUCUCCAGUUUCCCUACAGGCUUUACUCCUUUAUCUCAAACAUCUUUUUGAUCUCGGCCUUACCUUGUCGACUCUCAAGGUGUACAUCUCUGCAAUAGUUUCUUUCCAGCCCAGAGAUUCAGAAUCUUCACGUCUCUUUUCUCAUCCUACAUUGAAAGCAUUCUUGAAAGGCUUGAUCAAUAUUCGCCCUCCUACAAGGCCUCCAGUACCUCAGUGGUCCCUUACAUUGGUUCUGCAAUCACUCAUGAAGCAUCCCUUUGAGCCUAUGGCUUCGUGUAAUGCUAAGUUUCUUUCUCUAAAGACUCUGUUUCUAGUUGUAGUUACGUCUGCUAGAAGAGCGAGUGAGUUGGCAGCUCUAAGGUCUGAUUCUCCUUACUUGCAAUUCUAUAAGGACAAGGUUACGUUGUUUCCAGAUGUUUCGGUCCUGCCUAAAGUUGUUACAGAUUUUCACCUCAAUCAACCUAUUUCGUUACCUACCUUGUUUCCUGAUCCCUCGUCUGACGUUGAAAAGAUGCUCCAUUCCCUGGAUUUUAGAAGGGUGUUAGCAUAUUAUGUUUCUAGGACAAAGGACUUUCGGAAAUCUGAAAGACUCUUCCUGUGCUUCUUUGGACCACACAAGGGUUGUCCAGCGUCAUCUUCUACCUUGUUGCGAUGGCUCGUCUCCACUGUUACUCUUGCCUAUCAACUUGCAAGUAAAGAGGUGCCUGAAGGUCUUAAGGGACAUUCUACAAGGUCCAUGGCAACAUCUACUGCCUUACUACGUGGUGUGGACAUUCCAGACAUCUGCAAGGCAGCAACAUGGUCCAGAGUGUCCACAUUUGUCAUCCACUACAGGUUGGACCUUCGGGCAAAGAAGAAGACGAGUUUUGGAAGGGCUGUCUUGACAUUUGUCCUGCAGUGACGGCCCUCCUUCCGAAAAGCUCUAGAAGAUUCCGAAGUUCCAGCGCAGGCACUGAUCUAACCCAAAUGUGUGAAUUCACACAGGUCCACUUGAAGAACCAUGGUUACAGGUAAGUAACCCCUCUUUUUUAAUUAUUAACAAACAAAAGAAUUUCUUAUUUCUUAUUCUCUUUAUAUGUUACUGUGUAUAUACAUGACAUCAUUAUAGAUUUGAACAUAGUUUUGAGCCUGCUUUUUUGUGCUAUAGAACUGUAGAAUAGGAAAAUAUAUACAUCUCGUUUCAUAGGUUUUUUUGUAGUAAAA